GUUAUUGACAACUGACAUACACAUAUGUUAUAGUUAUAAUAUACCUCUCUUUUUGGAAACCGAAUGUUUUUAAAAAGCGAAUUUUUAAGAGUAAAUUUAGUCACAAAUCAGAGGGGAUUUGCCGCCUUGGAAAUCGACUCAUAUUACAUAUAUUUUGUCAUUUCUGAUAGAAAAUUAUAUUCUUAUAUUCCAUCAGUAAAUCAGUCCUUAUUACCAUGUUUACCACCAAAAAUGAAAAAUGAUUAUGAAGCAUUAGAAAUAAAAUUAUUUAGUUCUUAUUUACAAAAAAUUUUAGCCUUCACACAUAGGCAAUUUCCAUUUUAUAAUUUUUCUAUGUAUGAUAUUAAGAUAAACUCAUCAAAUUGUCUCAUACUUGAAUGUGUGUUUUUUAUUUUAUUAUAUGACUUUCCAUAUUAUAUUUGCUUGAAAAACACUGAUGAUAUAAAUGUAUUAAACUUUGGUUUAAUCACACAAAUCAAUAAUAAAAUUUCAUGUAUUCAGUUUUCAGAUUUUUUAAACAGUUCUAUACAUGAUUUUAAAUUGUUUAGGGAAAUCAAAGAAGAUGUUAUCUGUUUAGAUAUAGCAAAACAUACCAAUAAAAUUUACUUUAUAACUGGAUCAUCCAAUGGACACUGUUACUUACUGCAAGUAGAUAAAAACCUUAAUGAUGUACACAACAAAUGUGAAAUUAAUUUAAACUAUAUGAUUGUAGAUGUUAAAUUUUUUCAAUCAAAUAAUUCAGCAAUUAACUUGUUAAUCUGUGGUGCUCUUACUGGUGCUCAUGUUUAUCAGGAUAUUGCUUGUACAAGAUUUAAAAGGGAUAUUUUUUUGAGUGAAAGCACAAAAUAUGAUGUCAUCACUGCUCAUGAUAUAUGCCCCUUGCAAAAUAUCGGAAUUAACAAGUUUAUAAUAUUCAUCGGAACAUUUCAAGGAAGAAUACUAAUUUACAAAUAUGAAGAAAAAAUACAAGAUGCGAACAUUUAUCCUUACAACAUUAUAGAUGUCCAUUCGCCCGUAUACGGCAUCAAAUGCCUUUUGAAGGAGGGAAGGUCGAUAUGUUGCAUUGUUGUAACACCCUUAGGAAUUCACGAAUACAGUGAUUUAGUCAACAAAGAAUUUUGAAUUAUUUAAAUAUUGUUAAUAAUUGGUAUUUAUUAUUUUGAAAUUGUAAUUUUACAUAGCUUAGUUAAUAAUGUACGAAUAAAUUUAAAUGCCACUUUGGUUUAUAAAUUCAGCUUUAAGCUUAUUACGAUCGAUGGUUUAUAUUUCCAUAAAAUUCUUGCAAAUAUUUUUUAUUAAAAGUCGUCAAAUAAAAAUC